AGGGUUUUGUAUGAAAUUGGCCGGAAAGCUUCUUAGAGGAUUUCGGACAUUUUUAUCAUCCAAGUUCCUUAAGGAUGCGGAUGGUAAUUUUGUGGAUGCGGAGCUUCCUAGAAAAUAUGAAAGUUUGAUAUCGGCUGAAGAAUGGGAAGCUUUCAAAUCCAAGAGACAAGACCCGACUUUUCAAAGAAUAAGUGCUACAAAUCGGGAAAGAGCAUCAAGUCCCGCAUAUCCGUACCGAAAAGGACGUGUCGGAUAUGGACGCUUAGAACAAUCCAUGCUGCAGAAGGAGGAAAGUUCAGAAACAUCUCUUCCUGCACAUGUUUUGUGGAAGGAAGCCCGUGUGGGCAAAUCUGGAGUUCCUCAAGAAGACGUUUUAAACGUAUACCAGAAAUGUGUAAGUAUAACAUUUUUUCAUUAAUUGAAUAACAUUUUUAUACACAAAUAUUUGACAAGUAUACGGUAUUCAUCUGAUUUUUCAGGAGGAGCUAUCUCAGUCUCUA